AUGUCGGUAUCAAAAUGGAUGCUACAAAUAAUCUCUUUCUUGGUCCUCACUCCGGCAAAUGGGCUCUCCUUGUCUCCUGUUCGACAAUUCUACGCCAACUUCAACGAUCUGGUCGAUGAACGAAUUUCUCACACGUUGGAUGAUCUUCACAGCACGAAUGGCACUUUGGACAUCCACUUUCCUAUUGUGCAUUCCAAAGAUCUGCUGAAGGAGAGUCCAUCUCAUGACAACCAAUUCUGUUCCGGGUGCAUUGUUCGCCUCAGUGACGAGGAAACGAUUGUGGUGAAACAAAUGUGGCAAACCAUACAGAGCAUACCCUUUGUACCAUCAGCUGCUGCCUCGGGAACGGAAGCACAAAGAAACUCAUUACUCCAUCAACAACUGACACUGGAAUCUGGUAAUAACACAAAUGUAGGAUCCGAUUAUGUGCAUUAUCCCUCCAUGGACAAGAAGGAAGAGGAGGUACUACGACAAAUGAUUGGUGAGAAUGGAUUACGGAACAUCUUGAACGCAUAUCAGCUGAUUGCCAACGUUGGGAAGCACUUUUGUGUAGCGGCUUGCGCACAGUCCAAUGAUGGUAGCUCUCAAGUUGCAGACAACAACAACAAUUAUCCACGGCUACUCGAGAUGUUUGAAAGGGUACUUGGAAAGGACUUGGAUGCCUGUUUUCAGAGGCUUGCUCGCUACAGAGAGUCAACAACAGAGAGUCUACGACCACAUUGUGAUUGGUCCUUUGUCACCAUUGUGCCUGUAUCCAGUGUGUCCGGGUUGAAAAUCUACCAUAAUAAUCGGGGUUGGAUUUGUCCCGAAGACAUGGCGCGCCACUUGCAACAUGAUGAUAACGAUGAUGAUGCCGAGCACGCCAGAUAUCUGGUCGUCAUGCCAGGCAAAUGGCUGGAAGUCUUGACCAAUGGAAGGGUGCCAUCCAUGAUCCAUCGUGUGGAGGGAGGUCCUCUGGCUCGCUUCAGUGCACCCCUGUUUCUGAGACCGCAACCACAAGUCUUCCAGGACGCGGAAGCACUGGUCCUGGAGAACUCUGACGAUAUUCCAAACACAUCACUGUGGAGGAGUACACCGAAGAUAAACCCAUUAAAGGUCCAAAAGGAAUCUGACGUUGACGCAUCCGAUCUGGAAGAUGCCCUGGAAUUCGCACAAGAUGCUUUGGAUGAAGUAAAGAAUGGCGAGGAUUUGCAAGAAGAGGAACAAGUUGACUUGGAUGAAAUUGAGACAAUCGAAGAAAGUUCAAACGAAGAAAGCUUGGAUGAAGUUGAGACAAACGAAGCAAGCUUAGCAGAAGAGGAAAGUGAUAUCAAUGGCUUGGAAGCGUUCCGUCUAGAUCCAGACGAACAUGACUUUGAUGCCACUUGGAUGCUCAAGGCUAUUGACAUGGCUCUAUCUGCCGGUGGAGAGAGAGGACCAGAUGCAGCCUUCCCCAACCCAACGGCGGGGGCGGUGUUGGUGACGGCGUCUGGCAAAAUCCUUGGCAGCGGGCGAUCCAGCUACAUGAAAGAUGCCGUUCAAGCCGUGAUCGAAGACUCUGGAUUGAAGGUAACUCCCUUGAAAGAAUGGUGUGUUGAUUGGGUACCAAGCGAAGAGUUCAGAGAUGAAUUAGCGUCCUCGACUCUCUACUUGACAUUGGAACCUUCCCCAAAAGCACAGGGCGAAGUGACUCCUCCAAUCACCAAAUUGAUUGAACAGGCUGGCAUUCCAAAUGUAGUCAUUGGUUGUCCAUCUCCGAUUCCAGAGCUGGCCUACAAAGGAGCGACAGCCUUGCAUCAAGCUGGACUAUCCGUUCGGGUAUUAAGCCCAACCCAUCCAUUGCACAUUGAAUCUGCAAACUUGAUCAGUGCCUAUUCAGAGCUUGUCAACAACAAGCUUCGCAGAGUUGCCAGAAAACACUUUGCAAAUUUUGGAAGACCGCUAGGUUUUCUUCAUUGCAGUGUUGUUGAAUCAGACAAUGUGGAAGCUUUCGCUCGAUCGGGCAACGCAUUUGGAAAGAAUUUUAAUGGAAAGAUGCUCAACUUUCGCGACUUUGGCGCGUAUGAAAUGGCACCUCCUCCUGAAACAGUGUGGGCCGAUGACAUGGAAGAGGGGGAAGAAUUUGAUGAAUCCAUCCUCUCACUUGACUUUGAAGAUGAGGAAAGCCAGGGUGAAAUCAAAGGGAAUCCCAUUACUCCAUGGUAUGAACAGGCCGAUGCCGUCGUGGCCACCUUCCCGCGCCCAGGAAACGGUCCAGCGGAUGAUAACUCCCUGGCAGCGAGAUUGAACGGUCUAAAAUGGCUGUCCACCCACGGCGCAAGUUUGCCACCUGGGGUGGAACGGAUUUUGGUCAUGGAUGCCACAGACCUAGAAUACCUCCCUCUUACCAAUGACAGUCCCAACAAUCCUCCUGGGGUGGAUAUAGAAGCCUUUUGGGAAGCGAAGGACCGCAAACCUACCCGAGUCUUGCUCCGCCGAGGAAAGAGUGUAGAAGCCAAAGCAGCCGCCGAAGCUGCUGCCGAGGCUGCAGAAAGCGCUGCCAAAGCAGCUCUUGCGGCCAAGGAGGCGAUUGAAACUGGAGACUCUGCACAAGCGGCCAAGGCUGCGAUCGAAUUCCAACAAGCUGCCCUAGAACAAACUGAGCGCAUUCAAAAGCAACUGGAAGCUGCCCAGCUUCCCAAAUCCAAGCUGAUUGAUCGAGGUGUCAUUGUAGAGACGAUUGACGGUGGAGAGCCCAUCGAUGUGAUGAAGCACCUGGGCCAACGCAACGGACUGGAAACAGUGGUAUGGAGGGCAGGAUGCUGGGGUGAACGCGGCGUCAGGGCAAUCAUGGCCGGUGCCUUCCAGUGGGUAUCUGCCCACUUGGCUGUGGAUUCCACUGGCGGCAAGUUCUGGCAGCUCAUUUUGGCCGAGAAUGCAGUCCAGGCCGCAUGCGGUGCUGAAAGCAAGGUCAAGAUCUUCGCGGACCAAGAAGACAUUAGUUUGGAAUACUGCGACGAACCAGAUACAGACACGGAUUGUAGUUUUACCGUUGACGGGAGACCCAUCCGACACGUUCGCCUUGACUGUCGUGUGGCCCUUGUCGAGGAAAAUCGGCCACGGACAUUUCGCGAAAUCACCACGAAACGAAUGGACAAGCAGUUCAUUCAAGAACAGGCUCCAUGGUUCCUGUAA